AGCACUUUGCUGUCCGUCUCCGCAAGAAUGGGAAAUCUCUGAAAGAUGUUAUUCUUUUCUUCGUCUUCAAAUUUUUUCAAGAGGUUCCCGCCGAUUUUCUCCUCCUCCGCAGCGAAGCUGAAUCGUCUCGAUUCUCGCGGGUUUUCGUCUGAAUCCGCUAAAGCCUUAAUUGCCCAUGUCGCUAGAGCAUUCAGGGAACGCGACUUUAAGCUGUUGAACACCGACUGCGCUGCAAGUCUGCAACCUCACCAGGCGAAUUUGGUUCUACUUUCGCUUCAUUCAGAUCCCAGCUCAGCUCUCGAGUUCUUCCGAUGGGCAAAGACGUCCGGACGGAUACCCUCUUUCUAUGCCCUUGUUCGCAUUUUGAUCCGCCAUGGAAUGUUUGAUGUUGCAGCAAAGGUGUUCGAAGAAAUGAUCACUGAUUGCGGAAAGAAUUUUCUCUCCGUGAGCGCGAUGCAGGAUGAUGUAAAGGUUUUUUCUUCAAACCCAGGUGUCGUUCAUGGGUUUUUGAUGGAAUGCUGUCGCAGAUAUGGUAUGGUUGAUAAGGCUACGGAGAUAUUUGUGUAUAGCAUUGAAAUGGGUGUGUUCAUACCAGAGAAUUAUGUAUAUGGAAUGCUGAGUUCUUUGAUUGAUGCUACUCGUAUCGACUUGAUUGCUGAUAAUUUUGGUAACCUAUGUAGAGUAUUUGUCCACCGGGGUCUCAGUGUACAUGGGUUUGUCUUGCACGCCCUAUUCCGAAAGGGCGCGUUCGCAGAUGCUUUAACUUUUCACCGCAUGGUGAUUGAGAGAGGAUUUCAUGUAGAUAUAGUGUCUUGCAAUAAGAUUUUAAAAGGUCUGACCAUUGAUCAAAUGGAAUUAGCUUCUAAGUUGUUGUGUUUGAUGUUGGAUUGUGGUCCGGCUCCGAAUGUUGUGACUUUUGGAACAUUGAUUAAUGGAUUUUGCAAAAAAAGAGAAUUGAAUAGGGCAUUCGAGCUUUUCAGAGUUAUGGAAGAGAAGGGAAUAGCACCAGACCUGAUUAUCUACAGUGUGCUGAUUGAUGGUUGUUUCAAAGCCGGGAGGUUAGACGAGGGGCAUAGACUUUUCUCACAGGCAUUAGGGAAAGGUAUCAACUUGGAUGUAGUUGUUUUCAGCUCAACCAUUGAUGCUUAUGUGAAAAUCGGCGAUCUAGGAACUGUGGUUGACGUGUACAAGAGAAUGUUACAUCAAGGGAUAUCACCUAAUGUGGUCACUUACAGCAUUCUCAUAAAAGGAGUGUGCCAAGAUGGUGGAAUUGCUGAGGCUAGUGGUAUCUAUGGUCAGAUCUUGAAACGUGGUCUCGAGCCAUCACUUUUAACUUAUAGCAGUCUCAUCGAUGGCUUUUGCAAGUGCGGAAAUUUGAGGGCUGGCUUUAGGUUGUACGGGGAUAUGACGAAGAUGGGCCUCGUUCCUGAUAUUGUCAUUUAUGGCGUGUUGAUAAAUGGCCUUUGCAAACAAGGACUAAUGAGCCACGCUACGAGAUUCUCCAUUAAGACUUCGUGUAAGCUUGUAGAACCCAAUGCAGUGGUUUUUAACUCCUUAAUAGAUGGAUGGUGUAGAAUAAAUUGUUUGGAUUAUGCCCUUAAGGUGUACCGAUUAAUGGGGAUUUACGGUAUAAAGCCAGAUGUAGUAACAAUUACCGCACUUAUGAAGGGGAGUAUUAUGGAAGGGAAAUUAGAUGAUGCUUUGUUUCUAUUGUUCAGAAUGUUGAAAAUGGAUUUUGCACCUGAUGCUGUAACAUUUUGUACCCUCAUUGAUGCCUGCUGCAAGAAUAUGAAGCCAAUCAUUGGGCUUCAGCUUUUCAAGCUUAUGCAGAGGAAUGGAAUUGCCCCAGAUAUUGCGGUAUGUAAUGUCGUCAUCAAUAUGCUUUUCAAGGCUCAUCGUUUGGAAGACGCUUCUAACUUCUUUGAAAAUCUUCUCAAAUGGAGGCUGGAGCCUGACAUUGUGACAUAUAACACGAUGAUAUGUGGCUUAUGCGCUUUAAACAGGUUAGAUGAGGCGAUCAAGGUUUUCGAGAGGCUAAAAUGUACCCCUUUUGGACCCAAUACCAUUACUAUGACUAUUUUGAUUCAUGCUCUCUGCCAAGAAGGUGAGAUGGAUCUUGCUAUGAGGAUGUUCUCUGAAAUGGAGGAGAAGGGUCCUAAACCCAACACUGUCACAUAUGGUUGUCUAAUAGAUGGGUAUUCUAAAUCCAUGCAUGUGGAAAAUUCCUUCAAGCUUUUUGAAGAUAUGCUCGAGAAAGGUGUUUCUCUGAGCAUAAUAAGUUACAGCAUCAUUAUCAACAGUCUCUGCAGACACGGACGGGUGGAUGAGGCAUCAUGUAUAUUCUAUCAAGCUGUAGAUGGGAAGUUAAUGCCUGAUGCAGUCGCAUACACAAUUCUUAUCCAUGCUUAUUGCAAGGUUGGGAGGCUUGCUGAAGCUAAGCAAUUGUAUGAGCACAUGUUAAGAAGCAGGGUCAAACCAGAUGAGUUAUUGCAGAGAAUCCUUGCGGAAUAUCGCCUUUUAGAUGGUCAGGCAAAGGAGUUUCAUCGUUAAGGAAAACGGUACGAGACAUAAAAUUUGCCUGACUAAUCAAUCAUUUUGUUGGCACUUGGCAGUGAAUGCUUGCUUGGAUCGAAACACCAGAAAAGACCAUGAAUGGGAAUGACUAAGGGAGUUACUUACUACAAGAUAGCCAUUGGCUUGCGCAUUCCGUUCAUGAAUUGGUGAUCUGAAGCAAUCAAGAUUUUGGGGGGGGGUGAUACUGGUGGAGAACAGAGACUUAAGAUGGCAUCAUCUUAAAAUCCAAGGAGCUGCAAUUUGUGAAGUUAGCAAUGCUGCGUCUGUGUAAAAAAAAAAACGUUGAGAAGUCUGUCCAUUUCGAUGUUCAGACCAAAGAACUAACAAGACGAGUUCCAAGAUCCAAGGAACUCCUCAAACACGUGGUGUUGUUUCCUCGGAUGCUAAAUCUCCUCAAGACUCGUCUCAUUGUUUUCAGAAGAAACAACGUACGAUGUGGUCCGUGUGAAUAUUAAAAUAUAUAAAUAUGGAAAUCAUUUUUUUUUGUACAGUAUAUAACAAUUAUAAAUAGAGAUAUAUGUGUGUGCAUGCAUUGAUAUGUACACAUGUGUGUAUGCAUGUAUGAUUA